GCAAGUCCUUACCCCCCACAAUCCCAAGGUACACAUUACCCCUCGGGUGCAGCUGCUUACCCUACCAACUAUAGUUACCCUGCCCAACCCAUGUCCUAUCUCACAGGGCCAGCUCCCCAUACUGUGGUAGCUGUGGGUGGGUUUGAUGCUGGUGCCAGAUUUAAUGCAGGGGCAGCUCCUGUUGUUCCUCCUGCACCACCAGGAGUUGUGCCAAAUGCUGCUCAGAUGGGCGUUAGUCAAGGUCACAAUGUGGUAGCGACACAGAGAAGCACCAAUUGGUUCACAGGUGGAUCUGGAGGUGGA